AUGCCCCAAGUGUUGGGCCCCAAGAGCAGGAUAUACCCCCAGUGUAGGGCCCCAAGAGCAGGAUAUACCCCCAGUGUAGGGCCCCAAGAGCAGGAUAUAUCCCCAGUGUUGGGCCCAAGAGCAGGAUAUACCCCCAGUGUAGGGCCCCAAGAGCAGGAUAUAUCCCCCAGUGUAGGGCCCCAAGAGCAGGAUAUAUCCCCCAGUGUUGGGCCCAAGAGCAGGAUAUAUCCCCAGUGUAGGGCCCCAAGAGCAGGAUAUAUCCCCAGUGUUGGGCCCAAGAGCAGGAUAUACCCCCAGUGUAGGGCCCCAAGAGCAGGAUAUAUCCCCAGUGUUGGGCCCAAGAGCAGGAUAUACCCCCAGUGUACGGCCCUAAGGGCAGGAUAUAUCCCCAGUGUAGGACCCCCAAGGGCAGGAUAUACCCCCAGUGUUGGACCCCUAGGGCAGGAUAUACCCCCAGUGUAG